AUGUUCUCAACACCACCGCCUCGCGGAUCCGACAAUGGUUUCUACCGGCCUGGACAGCUCACUCCUGGCAGCAAUGUCAGUGAAGUUGCGUCGCCCAGAACGCCUAUGGGUAUGCGCAGUUUUGAGUCACGACCUGGUGACGACUACGGACUGAGGGCGGCCAACGACGAACCCGAGGCUCUCCUGUCUGCCAGCAGUCCAAACAAGGCGAGCGCGAACGUACUGCAACGCAUGGGCACCAUUGUCCCAGGGCCAUUUGGUGUUAGCCCCAAAGCCAACAGCUCACGCACUGCUCCACCCUCAAGGGAUGGCGGCAGCGACAGCAAGGCCAAGAGCAUCAGCACUGCGAACAAUGGUGGGCCCACGAGCGGCUUCCAGUACGCGACAUCAGCCCCGAGCCCUGCGCUGCCCCCACAAAUGCAGCGCAAUGAGGGCGGCUAUGGCGGUCUAGAGCCUUUGCGCCAGGAUGACGGCCUUCCUCGACAUGACGGCUUUGAACCGCCACAAUUCUCGCGUUCCGGGACCUUUCCACGGCUAAACGACAAUGUCAUUGUCUUGCGGACGCCGUCUGCUCCUGCUCUGCGAAAACACCAGUCGUCGAACAGCGCGCCUUUCAACAACCCGAAUGGCAAUAACAUUGGUGGUGGCGUACCGUCGCGUCUGGGCGGCUUCUCCGGCGACCGGACGACGAAACAGCUCAUGGGACCAGACACAUCCCGGCCACCACCACCGCGCACCAGCCUCAUCCGGCCGCCCACUCGCAGCGGCAGUGGCAAUGUGCCGCAAAUCAACUUGGCUGCCGAGUUUGGCAUCGGGAACCCGUACCACUCGUCAUCCGAUUCCAUGUCGUCGACGGUAUCAAGCCUUAGUCCUCUCGGUGCGGCGUCUUCCUCGGCUUCGUCGUCGUCCUCGGCUUCUUCUUUUCACACUUCAACUUCCAGCAACGCCUCCGACCAUCACCGGCCUAAGACUGCCAACAGCGAUAGCAGCAGUCACCCGGCUGGUUUUGGCAGUAUGGUGUCUGACACCGAAACGAUAGCCAUCAGCGAGAAGCCCCGGCAGCUCUCCAUUCAGGAACGCCCAGCCGGGCCACCCACAGCUGACCGCCGGCCGAGCGAGCCCCAUGGCAGCACCAACAGCAGCGACAAUGACAACAUCAACAACAGCAGCAGCAAUAACAACGAUGACACGAGAAGGCGAACUCGUCCUCGCUCCCCCCUGGCUUCGCCAAUGGGGGGUAGCAGCAACGAUGUCAAUAACGCGCCUUUGACACAGGAAAACAAAGAAGCGGAAAGACCUGCAUCGCGUAAGCGCAGUGAUGGCGGCCAAGGAGUCAGCGUGCCUGAAGCCAGCCGCACACGGGAUCAGUCCACUGCACCCGCCCCAUCUCGCGGCAUCUGCAAGGCGUGUGGUGAUCCCAUCACGGGAAAGUCCGUGUCUAGCGCGGACGGCCGGCUGACAGGUCGCUACCACAAGGCCUGCUUUGUGUGCACGACAUGCUCAGAGUCGUUCUCUUCAGCCACGUUUUACGUGCACGAUGACAAGCCGUACUGCGAGCAGCACUACCACCGAGUCAACGGCAGCCUGUGCGGAACGUGUGGAGGUGGCAUCGAAGGCCAGUACCUGGCCGAUGACACCGACCAGAAGUAUCACCCCACCUGCUUUGUUUGUGGAGACUGUCGCAUCCCGCUCAGGGACGGCUAUUUCGAGGUUGCUGGCAGGUUCUACUGCGAGCGCGAUGCCCGGAGGCGCAUCCAGCAGACCUGGGCACCGCCACCCCCGAACUACCGGAUGCAGCCCGGUGGGAAUAAAUUUAUGCCCCCUCGGGGACCACCUGGUCGUCCGGGCAUGGGACCUCCGGGUAUGGGACCUCCAGGUAUGGGACCUCCGGGUAUGGGACUCCCAAGUGGCCCGGGACAUCGCUUUGGACCCGGUGGUAUGGGCGGUCUGCCACCACGGCCGUAUUAUGGUCAGCCCAACGGCGGCGGCCGUCUUGCGCCUCGCCCAAGGAUGGAGAAGCGCAUGACACGUCUCGGCAUGAUGAACUGA